AGAAAGGUCCCGUCCUCCGUGUGAGCUGGAAUUUCCUGUUUCAGACAGGGUGGGGCGGAGCGAAAGCGGAAGCAGGGGCCCGAGCUGAGCUGGGUCGAGCCAGCCCGAGGGGCCAGAAAAGCCGCCCAGGAAGCAGGCAAACCCUCGAACCCAGACCCCACGGGACGGGACGCCAGGGAAAAGAAACAGAACAAGGACGAUUCAGUGACCUGGAGUUGAUUUGGGCAGCGCCUGCUAAGGCCUGGUUGACCCUGGGGAUAAAAGCCGUGUCAAGGGAAGCUUUGAAACAGUUCAUUCGAACACAGCCCAGACCCAGCCUGGCUGGUCGGGGUAUUCGGACAAAACUCACCAUCAAAUUAUAUUUGAAAGGAGUUUUUCCUGAUCACCCCACGUAGCCAAACCGCGCCUGAGCUGUAAUCGAGUGAGCUGCUUUGAAACUGUCCUUACGAAGGGCUCUGCCGGCACCGCCAGACCCACUGCGAACAGGGCCGUAGUUACCGGAGGCUGCAGAAAGGUGGUUCAGGUGAACAAGUCGCCCGUUUUGGAGUCCAUGAGUCUUUCAGAGAUAGAAGAGACGUGGAACGAGUCAUCUCCUGCUGAGACGCCAGAGCCAGACCUGGGUUCCCAGGAAACCCCAUUGAAACCAAACAGAACAACUCAUGUGCCCAUCCCCCCACAGGGUGAAGAGAGCUGCACAAUCUGCCUUACAGGUUUGCUGUCUGGGUUGGAACCACGGGCACGUCGCUGGGCAGUUCCCAGUGUGGUUCUCAAUCUCAUCCUGAGCAUCACCAUCAUCAUCACCAUCAUCAUCUUCACCAUCGCACUGUCAGCAAAGAAAUCUGAGCCGUGUUCAGCUUGUGCAGCCUGCCCAGACAGUUGGAUCAAAUACCUGGGGAAGUGUUACUAUUUCUCACAGGCCGAAGGGAACUGGACCAACAGCCAGAGCAACUGCUCUGCCCUCGGUGCCUCCCUGGCCGUGAUUGACACCCAGCAGGAAAUGGUUUUCCUGAUGCGCUAUAAAGGAGACUAUGACCACUGGAUCGGCCUCUGGAGGGAACCGGACCAGCCCUGGAUGUGGACCAAUGGCACUGAAUUCAACAACUGGUUUCCAAUAGCGGGAGGAGGCCUGUGUGCUUUUGCGAACCACGAUGGUAUUGCCAGUUCAGGCUGCUCCAGGGAGGAACACUGGAUCUGCAACAAACCAGUGGAGAAACCAGAAGGCCGAGCAAAGCGACUGUAACCUGGAUGAGUCGGGCCUUGUCCUUUCCAUGGGGCUGUCGCAAGCUGCCUCAGCGAGUGGGGAACUGGAUGGGACUGACAAAGGAGAACAGCCCCAGCAGCAAGGAAGAGAGACGCUCGCUGAAGGGCAGCAUUUAGCUCCUCCUCUUGGAGCCUCUGGCCCCCAUUGGCCCAUCUGGGGACUGGGGUGAGGGUGCGGAUUAGCCAGCAGCCCCCAGCUCACUCUGUGGCACAGAGAAGGGAUCUUUUGACUUGGCUGCUCCCCUUCUGGUUUCCAAACCUGCUGUGUCCCUCCUGUCAGGGGCCCAGGGCAGGAGCCUGGCAUGGGCUGUAGCUAGAGACCAAUGUAUGGUCUGGGCCAUCGGGAGGUGCUGUGAACCCUGCAGCCUGGGGGAAGGACGCAUGAACUCUGCUGUACAGCGAGAAGGGCUGUUGUGCAGGCCCUGCUGAGCGCUGUGGGAGCAUGAAGAGAUGCUGCGUACAGGAGGGGGUUGCUGGGACGUGCUAGGACAGACGUGUGUGUGUAUAUAUGUGUACAGAAUUAUUUGUAUAAUAAUACACCAGCUCCAACAAGGGAAACUUUUAUUUUGUAAACUUAAGUCCUCAUGUGACUGGCUCCUCCCAACUGAGCAGGGAAACAGAGGAAGCAGCUGCAUCCUCCCACCAGGGCUAUGAGUGCCCCGCCCCACAAGGACUAAUGCGCUGAGGACAAUGUGACUGUGUCUCUUUUCUUAUCAUCCUCCUCAUCUUCCCCUCUGCCUGCCGGGGAGGGGCUCCCCCAGACUGAGGGAAAACUCUGCCCACCGGGGGGGUGAUGCCCUCUAGGGGAAGGGCACUGCCCUCACUGGACAUUUCUCUGAGCUCUGCCUAUAAAGGGCCGGGCUCCGCACUGGUGUCUCUGCCCUGGGGAAGAACAGGUCUGUCACAAGCCCACUGGAGCAGGGGCAGCUCUAGGCACCAGCAAAGCAAGCAAGUGCUUGGAGCAGCCCAUUUGCAGGGGUGGCAGCCGGCAGGGAUCCAGCAUGGGAGCUGAGAACCAACAGGGGGC